AUGCCACAAUCGCCCCAAAUUCCGCUCCCCGCAUGGGGUGAAACGCUGCCAACAAAAAAUAAGGACCUAAAUCUUCCGAACCCCGGAGAAUUCCAUUCGACAACAACAAAAAAAAUAGAACAAUUUAAUAACUCCAUGAUUUCAAGUCAAUCAGAACAGUCAGCAUCAUCAUCAUCAUCAAUCGUAUCAAUGCCACGGACAUUACUUACUACGAUUACUCCAGCUGCAUACCGAGUAUUGUUAUCUACUGCAACACCAGUAUCACGAGUUAUACCUAUUGAUGCUACUUGGUUUAUGCCUAAUGUUCCAAGAGAUAACAAGGCUGAAUAUCAACAAGAACGUAUUCCACAACUGAAAUUCUUUGAUUUAGAUAAAUAUGUUUCUCAAAGUGAAUAUCCUCAUAUGUUACCAAGUUUAUCCGUUAUGAAACAAGCAUUUGAUGAAUUAAAAUUACAUCAAAAUGAUUCAUUGGUUAUUUAUGAUAAAUUGGGAAUAUUUCUGAGUCCUAGGGCAGCUUUUACAUUUGCUUUAUUUGGACAUCCAAAGGUUUAUUUAUUAGAUAAUUAUUUAUCUUAUAAACAAUGUGAAUAUCCUCUUGAUACCAACCCUGUCAAGGAAGAUGGUUCAAAUGAUGAUGUUGGAGAAUAUGAAUUUGCAUUGAAUCAAGAAGAAUUUGCAGAAAAUUAUAAAAAACAAGUUAUUGAAUAUGAUGAAUUGUUAGAAUUGGUUAAGAAUGGUGGAUUAUCUGAAUAUUUAUUAAUUGAUGCUAGAUCAAAUGAUAGAUUCACAGGAUCUGGUGAAGAACCUCGUCCAGGAUUAUCAUCUGGUCAUAUUCCAGGUGCAGUUAAUUUACCAUUUCCAAAACUUUUAGACCCGUCAAAUAAUAAUCAAUAUAAAUCAAAACAACAAGUUGAACAAAUUUUCCAAGAAUUAAUUGGUGAAGAUGGUAAUGUAAAUGAUUUGUUGAAGAAAUAUCCAAAAGGAAUAAUUGUCAUGUGUGGAACUGGUGUAACUGCUGUUGUUUUAAAAUUUGCUAUUGAUUGUAUCUUGAAAUUGAAUGUCCCAGUUAGAGUAUAUGAUGGAAGUUGGACAGAAUGGGCUAGUAGAGCUCCUUCAGAAUACAUCCAAAAAGAUAUCUAG